CCGGAGAGGCGAGACAUGAGCGUCACGUGAUGGAUUGGGAAGAUGAUCAGGAGGAUCGUGUUUCGUUGACAUAUUAUCCCAAGCAGGAAAUCAUUCAUUCGGUUUUGUAUUUUUUUCUUUCUGAUUCUUGAAGCGGUUGGCUCUUGCUUUUGACGGAAGCGUGAGGAGGAUGGUGCGCGUUAUUUCCGUGCACCACUUCACACGACAGGAUGUGGCAGGACUUGAGCGCGCAGGGGGAAGAGGCGUCAGUCGUGGAAAGGCUGAUAUCCUGCUGGUGGGGGGAGAACACAAGGUGGACGUUCGAGACCUGAAGCUAGGUGGAGUCCUCAAUGGAAGCUUUCCUACGGUGGAUCUUGUUCAGCAGCUGGCUUAUUGUGAAACAGGGAAUUAUGUGUGUACCUUGGAGACCAAGCCAGCUCGACAUGGGGGAGACCACAGGUAUGUGAGGGUAUACCUGAAUUGGGAGCAGGACAACACGAACCAGCCAAUGAGGGCUCGCAUUGCAGGCCGUGUCACUCCCAGCAGCCAGUCUGGGGUUGCCAACUUGGAGAUGGUGGAAAUACCCCUUCGCAAACCGGCAGAAUAUAUUGCCUGUUGCCAGUCAACAGGCAACAUUGCAGUCUCAUGUGGAAUAAGUGUGACCAUCUUCAGGUUCUGCCACAAGACCCAUGAUAUCUCUAAACUGAAAUUCAUUGACUUUGAAGAGCUCAUUGAGCUUGACAUGUCUUUCAUUGUCAAAGAAGUAGCCAUAUCGGAAGAUCUGAUUGGCUGCAUCUCAGAAUCAGAAGCACAUAUAUUUCAGGUGACAAUAAACUCACAUCUUCUCAAGGCAUCCUCAGAGGAGAAAGAAACUAAGCCACAGGAAAAGAGGAGCAAGUCCCGCUCAAAGUCCAAGACACGAUCAGCCUCUCGGUCCCCAGGAAGAAGCAUUGACUCUCUCAGUUCAAGCAGCAGACUGAGGGGUAAGCGCUCCAGUCCAAAAGAGGAAUCUUUGAGCGUCAUCCGCAAUUCAGAGGAGUAUGUAGACCUCAGCGAACUGACCUGGGUUCCAACAUUGUCCUAUGGCCGCAAGAAGCCCUCUGAGGACCAGCGCAUCUUGCUCUUUCCAUCACUUGUGGGAGCCGCACACUGUGGGCCUUUGGCUGAGCCAGGCGAGAUCAUCGGCCCAAUCAAUUCUUCACGUUGCUCUAACGUUAGGGUGAAGUUGGUGAGUGGAAGUUCAGCUCAGAAGGUGCCUCAGAAUGUCUUUGAAGCAGUGACACUCAUUCAUCGCCGAGCAGAUCACAAUAAUGAUCCAGACAUUCCGUUUUCCAACCUGAAGGUCAUGGCUGUUUAUGAUGCUGAGGCAGGAAAGAAAGGUGGUGCUUCUACUCCAAGACGAGCAUCACAUCCCUUGCUCCCCCAGGGCUCAGCCAGAAAAGUAGGGGCUUCCAUUUUCCUGACUACGCCUCAUGUUGGCCAGCUUUAUCACGUCACCCUGUCUGAUGAUCCCUUUGGGCACAGUGUAGUCCGUGGAGGAGUAUUUUCAUACACCGCGCCUGUCUACUCUGUGGCCUUGGAACCAUCACUCUUGCAUGCACUCACACUCACUGGCCUUGAGACAUACACACUGAGGCCUCAUCCACAUGUCGUUGUCUCUCAUUUACCUGAGGAUCUGAAUAUGAUUGUUCCUCCACACUGGGAAGAGACAGUGUGUUUAGUGGGUCUACGACCUUUCCUUAAUGUUGAAAGCUUGACCUUGACUGACUCCUGUCUUGCACUCAUUGCUGCAAAUAAUGAAGGUGGUGACAAAUCCCACACUGUUUACUCACUUCACCUGCCGAGUGCUGCCAGUCUCUAUAAGGAGAUGGUGCGAGUUGGACGUAGCCACAGGUCUGCCUCCCCAUCUACCUACCUGCACCUGCUCCUUGAGGCUCACCUAGUCCUUACUACUGCCCUCCAGCAUGAAAUGCCAACGGAGGAUGAGGCAGAGGAGGACCUGUAUUCUCUCUUACAGGAUUCAUCUGCAUUGUUGGGAGAUUAUUAUGCCCAAUGUGAAAAUGAAGCUGAGUGGCGUCAAGCAACACAGUAUUAUCAGGUUUCAAGCCUGAGUCCAGAUGCAGUGAUUGAGAGACUUGAGCUCACUUGUCCUGGUUUGGUUGCUGUUAUCUCCUCUCUUCUACUACACCCUAAUACUCCAUCAUUAACAGCUGCACAGGCUAAUUGCGUGCUGGAAAUGCUGGAGAAAGUAGCACCAGAGAAGGUUUCAACGAUUAUUCUCAAGUCUACUUGCUUUACAGAGUACAAGAAAGAUAAGGUGCUAAGCAUAAUCAAGCAAGAGUUAUCCAAGACAAAUGAGCCACGACCCACAGAUGUGCUUGCUCUUGCCCUCGUGUUUUUGGACAGGGGAUCUCCUGAACAGGUCUCAACUGUUUUAGCUUCACUGAGAGCUUAUCAGCUUGUUGUGGCUUUGCUGCAACACUCGCGUCUUCUGUUCACAGUGGAAAAUGGAUCAACCAGGCUCUCACCUUUAGCACAAGUUUUAGCAGAGCACAAGAAAGAAGUUUUCACUGAGGUAUUUGUGUCUCUCAUUGGUGAAGGAUCACUCACUCUCAAUGCCUUUGUUGAUGCAUUCAUAGCUGUUUACCCCAUUAUGUCCUGUGGGCCAGAGUGCAACACCCAUUCUCUUCGACUGCGAGAUUUCCUUGAAAAGUUCUUCUUGGAGUAUGCACAUAAUGCUGAAAUUACAGAUCAGAGGGAGAGAUAUGACAGGGCUAUCACAGUCCUUGUUAGUCUCUAUCUUGCCAGCUUGAUGGGUGCUUUUGGUGAUAAAACUAAGGAAGACCCCAACUGGUGUGAUCAGCGGGCUGCACUGAAGGAACUGUACGCCCCUCGACCAGUCUUCCUCAAUAUCUUGCCACCAUUCAAUGUGCAAAAGAAAAUGGAGAAAGAGGAGAGCCAGAGUGAUAAACCAGAGGGACAGUCAAGCCCAGGACAGGAGGCAGAGGAGGAGGAGGAGGAGGAAGAGGAAGGAACUGGCAACCUCUCUUCCUCUUCUUUGCAUCUUGUUGUUCUGCAGUCUCUGCUGAGUUCAGAUUUGCCAUCUGCUGAAGACCGCAACAAUGUCCUCAAGUUUGUGACAUCGAACCCUGAUGCCCUGGGAGCCCAGUCUCUCCGGAUACUGUGCCUCGACCCACAGAAACAGCUGGAGUACAUACUCGGUGAAUUUCCUCAUGUGCUUCUUCAAUAUGGAAAGGAUAUGUAUGAAUCGGCUGCUGAAUGGGAGGAAUUAGUCUGCAAGCUGAUCAACCACAAAUCGGGCUUGUGUGAAUCAGACCUCUCAUAUUCAGUUUAUUCUGAUGUACUGAAUGAUGUUCUGAGUGAGCUGGUGAUGACUGCCCCUCUCGAUGUCUUCAUUCGCAUAAUCCCCAAGAAUCGCCACGAGGAACUGCGUGGUCACAUCCGACAAUGCCAUUCAGCUGCCCUGGCACUCCACCUGCGCUCUUCACUGAUUUCUUAUGCCCAUAAUGUAUUAAUGCAAAUGUCCAAGUGAGGCAAACGACACAAAGGAAUGCUUAAGAAACGGUAAGCAGCGAAGUGCACGUGAGGGACUUUGCCAUAAAAGACAGAGCUUUAAAGAUGACUUUGUUUGCUUAUUUAUUUAUUUUUAUUUGACUCUUCCUUCAGCAUUUGUCAAACUUUGUCUCAUAACUUUAUUUCUAAGUCCAGAUUAUUAUUGUUAUUAAUAUUAUUGUUAUUAUAAUUAUUAUUAUUACUGAUCAUUGUUAUAAUUAUAUAAGUGCCAGUAAAAGGUUUUAAGUUAGACAUUGUUAUGCAUUCUAAAGUGCCAAUACUUAAAGAAAUCUUCUAUGUAGUAUGA